CGAGGUUCCGACAAGAGCUCGAUUCGUCCUCUGCCGACUGUACACCUACAUCACACUACGAUGGCGUUCAACUACAACACUCAACUGUACACAGAUGAAGAACAUACCUACAGAGAAAUGAUACAGGGAAACCAGGCUGUCCAUGCUAACCAGUUCGUAUCAAUACCAUGCGGUGAGCCGGACAAGCACGUUUUAGAAAGUGCUCCCUCGCCGUCACCUUCUUCCAGUAGCGCAGCUUCCUCCUCGUCACAGUCAUCCUUAACGAAUGAGAAGAGGAGAUUCGCCGAUGUCAAGCCGCCGUAUUCGUACAUUGCUUUGAUAGCCAUGUCACUGGAGAAUGCCCAAGAUGGCAUGCUGACUUUGAAUGAGGUAUACGAAUUCAUCAUGAACAAGUUCCCGUAUUUCCGAGAAAACCAACAAAGGUGGCAGAAUUCGAUUCGACACAAUCUGUCUUUGAAUGACUGUUUUGUGAAGAUUCCCCGUGCCCCCGGUAGAGCAGGGAAAGGCAACUAUUGGGCGUUGCAUCCCGCUGCACGGGAUAUGUUCGCUAAUGGAAGUUAUUUAAGACGGGCAAAGCGAUUCAAAUUGGGACGUAGGAGGAACGAACCGGCACAAAUCCAGCACGUUAGCUCAUACGGACAUUUCAAUCUUUUCGGCUCCGGGAUUGCUGCACCAGCUUGCAGCUAUCAGGGUAUAGACAGCAUUCCAGUGCAAGCAAGACCGAUGGAAAACCAUCACACAGAUUCCUGGAACGGCCUGAACAGCGCUUUGUCGUCAUCAUGCAAUACAGCAUACUAUCCAUCGUCACUGUACCAGCGUUCACAAAUAAACUCUAGCGCGUACUUCGUAGAUCAAUUCAAAGGUAUACCAACGACGCGAUCAACAACGAUACCCAACUACCAGGCGUCUUCACGAUUACAGCAACCAUUUUCCUACGUAAAUGUUGGAAGCGACAGACAAUUCCACCACAUGAACAGACUCGCCCCUCCAAGCUUAUAAGAUUACCUGGAAUAUAGCCCGUCAUUUUUAUAGACAUUUUAAAGUACAAUUGGUUAUCUUAUGUCAUAUUCUAGAUUUUAUUUUUAUCAGAGUUUCUAACAAACUUUUUUCAUAAUUUGAAGUAUAAAGUUUUACCUCUGUGAAACGCUUUUGUUAAGUAAGUCGGUCACGUGUAAAGGUAAUACGUUUCACGGCUUGUAUCCAAACCAAUCACUAAUGUUUUUGUAUCAUUUUCAAAUUGUAAAUACAUCUUGUCAUCAAUUCUGUCACACACAUUAAUAAUUAAAUCAUGCUACAAUUUCAACGAUUUUUGGCAUUAUAAAAAAUUAUAUUUCGAUGUGUGACGGUAACCCGACAAAAAUACGCAAACAGAUCGCAAAGCAUUCGAUGUCUUUGUUGUCGUAUGAACAAUAAAUGACCAGUGUUUCUCAGAUUCUUCUAACAAAAAAAUGAGAAAUGCAACUCGUUAUUCGAUAAAUUUUAUUGUAAAUGACUAUUUGAACUCAUGCUAUUGCAGGUCGGUAGAAUAAAAUAUAUUUAAAUUAAAA